AUGAUACCGAAAAGAAGAGUUGCUACUGUUCCACGAAUACACACGCUAACUAUUGGCGACUACGAGAUCGAACCUCCAGAAAUCUCCCCGUUGCCACUGGAGCUUGUGAAAAAGGGACAUGUAUAUGUUUGCGAAAGGUGCCUUGACUUCAAAGAAAGCAGCGAAGUACUGGAAAGGCAUAUUGAAAAAUGUUGGCUGCAGCAUCCACCCGGUGAUGAAAUAUUUCGACAAGACAGGAUCUCUGUAUUUGAGGUUGAUGGAGAAAUUUCCAAGAUGUACUGCCAGAAUUUGUGCCAUUUAGCGAAAUUUUUUAUUUAUCAUAAAACGCUAUUAUUAGAUGUGGAACCAUUUCUGUUCUACGUUCUCAUAGUAUGGGAUUCGACGGGUCCUCAUUUCGCGGGCUACUUCAGCAAGCAAAAAUAUGGUUCACUAAAUAAUUUGUCAUGUAUUGCUACGAUGCCGACAUAUCAAGGCAAGGGAUAUGGACGUUUCCUUCUCUCUCGACGUGAAGGAACCACCGGAAGCCCGGAGCAUCCUUUGUCUGCACUGGGCAAAAUAGCAUAUCGAAGUUACUGGAAAAGCGCCCUUUUGGAAUUUUUCAAAAGUCCAAAGCUGAACCGCAUGCUUCUGUCAAUGGAAGAGAUUGCGAAAGCGACAGGAAUUGCAGAGAGCGAUGUUGUUGCAACGCUGGAAGAGUUGGAAAUGUUAGGGCGCGAUGAAAAGGGGAAAAUAGAAUCUUUAAUAAUCAAUAGUGAUCUGGUGGAAGCCCAUUGGGAAAAGGUUCAAAACGACCCCAAUCGAAUUUGGAUCAACGAAGAUAAUUUAAAGACUUAA